AGAAGAAGUGACUCUAGACUCAUUCUCUCACUCUCUAUUACUUUGGCAGUGUGUCUCUCUCUUUGUACAUCACACUUGUUAUUCAGCUCAGCAGAGUAGUGGGUAAAGAUGGUGAUGAUGAAAAUAUCCCCGUGGCUCCUGUUGCUUGGCCUUGCUGUGACCUACACUGCAGCUGCUGGACCAGGCAGCUGUGUGGGUCGCUGUGGCGAGGUGUUCACCAGAGGCCAGCAGUGUACCUGUGACUUCAGCUGCCUGCAACAUAACGAGUGCUGCCCAGACUUUCAGGCUGUGUGCAUCACUGCUCAGUCCUGUCAGGGGCGCUGUGGUGAGACCUUCAGGCGUGGUCGGACAUGCGAGUGUGAUCCACGGUGCAUCCAGUACAACACCUGUUGUCAAGACUACCAGCUACACUGCGAUGCCAGAGUGUCAGUUUCACACAUACAGCCUGUGAGGGCUGCAUCUUCAGGAAAGCAGAAAUCAGAGAGGAGGUGGACGUCUAACAGCGAAAGCGAGGAAUGGUACACAGGUGCAGGCCGCAAACCACUGACUGACAGGUCCUCUGGCCCCGCCCCUCCUGUUGUACCAACCAAUCCACAACGACAUGGUGUGAGUGACGUCUCUGUCGGUCUGCUGCCAGUGUCCAUCCCUUCUUCUCAUAGCGGCGUUCCAGACUGGCCAGCUGGCCACUCUCUGCCCAGCUACAGUGCUCCGUCCCUGGGCAGCGGUGCUCCUGUCGGACCCAGUGGUCCUGGAGCUGUUGAUGGUAAAGUGAAUGUCCACCUGGUGCUGUCCCCUGGGGGAGGGACUCCAUCUGGGCCAAGUCCAGAUCUCAGUGGCCCAGCAGGCUCCAGACCCAGCACCCUGCAGGACGUAGCCCAGGCUUUGGGUCUCUCUGUGGUGGAAGGAGGUGCCGAGGGACUAGGAACAGGAGUCCUUGCUGAUGUCGACCUAUGCAGUGAUUCUCCCAUUAAUGGACUGACAGCUCUCAGCAACGGGACCAUACUGAUAUUUAAAGGUGAGCUGCUCUGGUCAGUGGACCCUGUCAGUCGCUUAGUUGGUCCUCCGCAGAGUAUCACAGACACUCUGGGUGUCUCCUCUCCCAUUGAUACUGUCUUCACACGCUGCAACUGCCACAGAAACACCUACAUCAUCAAGGGAGACCAGUACUGGCGUCUAGAUAGUAACAUGGUGAUGGAGCCGGGCUACCCCAAACCUCUGGCCUCUGAGUUUCCCGGUCUGACAGGAAGUAUCAGUGCUGCACUGGCAGUACCAGCCACCAGGAGCAGCCCCGAGACUGUAUACUUCUUCAAGAAUGGAGGCAUCAUGCAGAGGUACACCUUCCCACCAGGCAGCACUCCGUCCUGCAGCAAGACACCAAGACGUUUCGCUCGCCAGGCUGUUCGUCUGAGUGGAGAGAUCAACAUCAAAGUGUCUCUGAAGGGAUUCCCCAGCCCGGUCACCGCUGCUCUGUCCAUGCCCAGUCCUCAGGGGAAUUAUCCAUACGAGCACUACGUCUUCUCUGGACCGCUCUUCUUCAGGGUCCAGAUUUCACGUGACCUGCCAGUGCUGGUCAAACCUGACCCAUCUGCAGCCCUUGCAGCCCUUGCACCCCUCCUCAUCUUUAGCCCUGCCGCUGUGGCAACCAACUCUGCCAACAUGGCCGCUCAAAAUGCUAACCCUCCCCUCCCAGCCAACUCCAUCAGAGUUUGGCUGCGCUGCCCUUAGGAACAUCCUGACAAGCAGACAGAAGCUGUGUUCUGGUAUUUUCUAUAUCAGCACAGGUUUUACUUAGUAAAUAUAUAUAUGGAGCAAAUAGUAACCUGUCUCGAUUUUAAUUUUCCAUAGUUUUUUUCCCUCCCAACUACAUACCAUCACAAAUUUUGACAGCCCCACCCAUCUAUAAAACCUAAAACCUUCCAAAGGUUUCAUUUCCAAUGGUUGUGUGAUGGGUAGAAUUUAUUCUUUUAGGAAUUCUGAAAAUGACCCGUUGUUUUGUCCACAUAUAAAGUGUCAUUGAUUAUGUUUAGGGACGUAACUAUCAAUUAUCUUAUUAGUGAUUACUCAGUCAAACAAUUAAUCUCUGUAAAAUAUAUAUGUUUUAGUCAAUAAAAUAGCCAAAUCUAAAACCUAGAGUAUACAAAUAUAAAACAAAGAAAAGCUCCAAACCCUCACAUUUAAGAAGCUAAAACCAGAGAAUGCAAUCUCUAUGGCAGCCAUCUUAAGUGUGAUAAUUCAUCGCUGAUUGGCAAUGGCCUCUCAGUCCACUCUCAGUGGAAUAACACACUGAUUAUAAAAAAAACCACAUCUCGCUGCUACAU